AUGCCGUCUAUUUUGUACAUCCUCGUUCCCUUUUUCCUUGCCUCUAUCCUGGCCGUCCUCCGAACGCGGUCCAAGCACAAGUCGGUCCAAAAUGUCCGCGGUCCACCGCGCCCAUCGUUUCUGCUGGGACACGAAUGGAUGAUGCGCCACCGAGAACAUUUUGGUGGUCUGGAAAUGCAGUGGCUUAGAGAAUACGGGCCAGUGUACCGGAUUGGUGGGUGCUUUGGGCAAGACGUAUUGGUAUUAUCUGAUCCAAGGGCCCUACAAUACGUCCUUCAUACAUCCGGAUACCGAUUUCCAAGGGCGCCGGAUGUCCAGCGACUAGCGGAAGCGCUUCUCGGUCCUGGGUUGGGGACAGUCGAUGGGAUCACACAUCAACGGCAACGGAAAAUCAUGAAUCCCGCAUUUUCCGCAUCUCAACUUCGUCAAUUUCUUCCUCUGAUCCAAAGUUUUACAUCGAGAUUGAUAGAUAAACUCAAAAAUGAAAUUCGGGACGAUGCUGCAGGUACUAGGGUUGUUGAUGUUCUGCAAUGGACAAGCAAAGUCGGGCUCGAUAUUAUUGGUAUAACUGCUUUCCGAUAUCACUUUCAUGCUCUCGAGGGUGAAAAGAGUGCAUCAGUACUGCGAGAUGCGCUCCGCAAUAUAUUCAGCGAGGGUAGCUCGUCUCUGUCGCGCCUGGAUAUUCUAUAUGUGUCUCUUUGGCGCAUGCUCCCCGACUUCGUCUUGAGGAUACUUGAUCUGGUACCUGCGAGAGAUUUAGUCCGGCCCCUGCGUUUCAGAAAUUUUUCACAACGAAUUGCUCGAGAUAUUUUCCAGAAGCAAGUUGACAUAAUUGCGAAUGAUAUGAACACGGCCGAGAGGGAUAUUGUGAACGUUCUUGCAUUAUCCUACCUUACGGAAGAGCCUAGUAAACGAAUGAGCGACGAAGAAAUAUAUUCUCAAUUAUCCACGUUCACUCUCGCCGGCCAUGACACUACCGCGACAACCACAGCCUGGAUCCUAUACGAGCUCAGCUAUCACCCACACAUCCAAGCACAGAUCUGCGAAGAAAUCUUACAGGCACGGGAGCACUGCCAAGGCGAUCUUACUUCUAAUGAUUACGACUCCAUGGCUCUACUUGAUGCUGUAAUCAAAGUGAGAAACCCUUCGCAUUCACCCUUUUGUUACCACGCUGCUCAAGACGACGUUAUACCUCUUUCAGAACCCACUAUCGCCUUGGAUGGGAGUGUCAUGUCGGAUAUUCCGAUUCCAAAGGGACAGAUCAUAGUAGCAUCGUUGUACACCUAUAAUCGGUUAUCAAGUGUAUGGGGACACGAUGCGGAUGUAUGGAACCCUGAUAGGUUUUUGAAUCCUUCACAGAGCAAACAAAUGUCCUUGGGAGUGUAUGCAAAUUUGAUGACAUUUGGUGCGGGAAUUCGUGCAUGCAUCGGGUGGAGGUUCGUCAUUAUGGAAAUGCAAAGCGUCAUUACCGAGCUUCUGAGUAGCUUUGAGUUUAGUCCCUCUGAAGAAGGAUUAGAACUGCAGCACGCUCCUGGAACACUGACUCUUUCACCGGUCGUAAAGGGGAGGGCACACGAAGGAGAACAGGUUCCUUUGCGCGUCGCUCUGUGUAGCAAGGAGUGA